AGAUAUCCGUUUUCAUUCACAUUCAGUUCAAUUACAAAGAAAGAGAGAGAAUCUCAAGAAAUCACAGCCAUGUCAGGAAGAGGUAAGGGGGGUAAGGGUCUUGGAAAGGGAGGAGCAAAACGACACCGUAAGGUUCUCAGAGAUAACAUUCAGGGAAUCACCAAGCCUGCUAUUCGUCGUCUUGCUAGACGUGGUGGCGUCAAGCGUAUCAGCGGUCUAAUUUAUGAAGAAACUCGCGGUGUUCUCAAGAUCUUUCUUGAGAAUGUGAUCCGUGAUGCCGUGACCUACACAGAGCACGCUCGCCGUAAGACUGUUACAGCGAUGGACGUUGUUUACGCUCUCAAGAGACAGGGAAGGACUCUUUACGGAUUCGGCAGUUAGAGAAUUGGGGAUUUCUGUAUCACUUAGGGUUUCUUGUAGCUCGAGUAUCAAUGUUGUUACCUAUUGUAUAAUUGUACUCGAUCUUUAGGAUCAACAUUUGUUUUCGAUUUACUCUGAGCUGUUAAUUGAUGAUUAGAAUUUUAAAUUUGUAUUAUCCAUUGUUAUGUUUUGAGUAGCUUUUAA